UGCUCGCGUCAGUUCUACUCAGUCUUAUCUUCUGUAACCACAUUACAGGCAUAGCAUCCAUUGAGCCAUGGCACCAAUCGACUUCUACCACUCGCCGUUCUCUCCUCCAAGCCGCGCUUGCCUCCUAACAGCCCGACAGUUGGGUCUCGAUAUCAACAUUAAAGAACUCAACUUGUUGAAGGGUGAACAACUCAACCCUGAGUUUACUCAACUCAACCCUGAACACACUGUACCUACUAUCGUUGAUGGUGACCAUGUUCUGUGGGAAAGUCGCGCGAUCUGUACGUACCUCGCGAUGCAGUACGGCAAGGGCGACUGGCUGUACCCUGAGGAACCCAAGGCGCGCGCCAGGGUCGACCGAGCCCUCAUGUUCGACAUGGGCACGCUGUCUGCGCGCUUCGAAAACUACGUGAUGCCGGUGGUGUUUCAAGGCAAGAAGCCCGACCCAGAGGCGCUCAAGCGCCUCCAAGAAGCGGUGAAAUGGCUCGACAAUUUUCUGGAAGGCUGCAGGUAUUGCGCCGCCUUGCACAUCACAGUCGCUGACCACAGGCUGGCGGCCACUGUCGAGACCAUCAGACAGUGCAAGAUCAGCACCGCCAGGUGAGACAUAGGGACUGUCGAG